AUGAAAUUCAAAUCAUUUCAUGUAUCAAUAGUAAUCAUUAUAUUAGUACUGCUAUUGUUAUCAUGUCAAUUGGGUCAUACUAGUAGUAGUAGUAGUAACAAAGAACAAGAACAAACGAAUAAUAAUAGAGAUACUAAAAUACAAACAAAUAAAGAGAAAUUACCUAAAGAGUUUUCACAUCUUGUCUUGGAUGAUAAACAUAUUAAAAAGAAUAAAGAUGAACAAGUAAUCGAAUCUACUACUACCAUAGAACAUACUAAAGAAGAUAAACAAAGACAAAAACAAUUCACUUCAACAACAACAACAACUCAUCAAGACGACAGCAGUAGUAGUAACAAAGAACAAGAAGAACAACAAACUUCGAAACAACAACCAAUAUGUGAUCUAAAGAAACAAGAAAUAAUAUAUACAAUUAAAGAUUUAAAUAAUGAAAGAUGGAUAGACAAGAGGAAUGGAGAACAAGUAAAAGAUCCAUUUGAAUUUAUCAAUGGACCAAAUAGAACCUAUGAUCAAAAGGCACUCGAUCUAAACUACAAUGCACAAGAAUUAAAGAUGGCUUUGAAAAAGGAUGCAAAAGAAAUGUUUUAUCAUGGUUACAAUAGUUAUAUAAACUAUGCAUACCCAAACGAUGAAUUAAAAUCAAUCACUUGUGAAGGAUCGGAUCAAUUUGGUCAAUAUUCAUUGACCUAUCUCGAUGCACUCGAUGCUCUAUUGGUAUUUGGAGAUCUAGAGGAAUUUAGACAAGGUGUACAAUGGGUAUCAAAAAACUAUCACUUUAACAAAAAUUAUAGUGUUUCUGUAUUUGAAACUAAUAUUCGUAUCCUCGGUGGUUUAUUAUCUGCUCAUUUAUUGGCUGAAAUUCAUUUACCUGAAUAUAAAGGAGAAUUAAUACCAGUCGCAUUAGAGAUUGGUGAAAUAUUAUUAAAAGCAUUUGAUACACCUACUGGAAUUCCAUAUGGAUCUAUUCAUUUACAAAAUGGAGUUGCAAGAAAUGAAUCAGAGAUUACAUGUUCAGCGGCAGCCGGUACUUUUUCAUUAGAGUUUGGUGUAUUGAGCAAGAUUACUGGUCGUCCACAAUUUGAAAGAGCUGCAAAACGAGCAACCAAGGCAAUUUGGCAAUUUAGAUCUUCUUUGGAUCUUAUAGGCAAUCAUAUUGAUAUUACAACUGGUCAAUGGAAAAUUAAAGAAUCUGGUAUUGGUACUGGUGCUGAUUCUUAUUUUGAAUAUCUUUUAAAAUCUGCCAUUUUCUUUGAUGAUGAAGAAUAUAUGGAUUUAUUUAUUAAAUCAUAUAGAGCAAUUUAUAGACAUGUUAGAAAAGAACCAUGGUAUGUUGAUGUUAGUAUGAAUCAAGGUUUAAUCAUUUGGCCGAUUUAUAAUAGUUUACAAUCAUUUUGGCCGGGUUUACAAAUGUUGGGAGGUCAAUUUGAAGAUUCCAUUUCAACAACUAGAGCAUUCCAUGCAGUUUGGAGAAGAUUUGGUGUGAUCCCAGAAGGUUAUAAUUUGAUGGCUGGUGCAGUUCAACAAACGCAAGAAGCAUAUCCACUGCGUCCAGAGUUGGGUGAAAGUUUCUAUUAUCUCUACACUGCAACUCAUGACCCACAAUUUCUAAGAAUGGGUAGAGAUAUGAUAUUUUCACUCAACAAUCUAACGAGAACCAAAUGUGGAUUUGCUGGAAUCAAGGAUGUAGAAACACAAACCUAUUUCGAUAAGAUGGAAUCCUUCUUUUUAUCGGAAACCAUAAAGUAUCUCUACCUACUUUUUACAGAUCAAGAUGAUGGAGGUUUAAUUGGAAAGAGACCUUAUAUAUUUACAACUGAAGGUCACAUUUUACCAAUGCAAUAUAGAUUCUUUGAAAAAGAUUCACUCUACAAAAAGAAUCUAACAAGAGAAGAUAUAUUCCCUAGAAAGGCAUCAAUGCCACCAAUGCCAAAACCAUUCAACAUUAUAGAUCCUAUCAACAUCACCAACCAAGACAAAGAAAAAAACAAAGAAAAAAACAAAGAUAGGCCUAUAAAGGAAGAAAAGAAAAGAGAACCAGAUCAAUACGAUGAAUUGUUUAAAGAAAUGGAAACUACAAACAAUUGGAAAUGUUCAAAACCUUCCUAUCUAAGAAGUAUAUCUGCUGGUUCAUUACAAUUAGUUGGUAAUCAUAAUGGUGAACAUGAAUGGUUUGAAGAUCCAAAUUUAUUAGAUUCUUUUGAUCAAUAA